UAGUUUUGUUUGUUGAGAUUUACCAUUCCUCCUUGAGCUUGAAUUGGAACAACCCCAUCGACUAUUUCUUUGUUCUCUGGCCUGCAUGCAGUUACUACAUUUGGCCUGGAAGAUGGCACCCUUGCUCCGCGCAACAUCACAACGCUCAACAACUUGACCCCUUUGACGUCACCUCCGUCUGGCGCAUCAAGGCCACUUUCAAGCUCCUAUUGGUCUGACAGUCACGUGGCAUGGCCAUAUCUUCAUAAUUAUGUCGCUGAUGUUUUUUUGACGUCCCGCUCCUUACCCCUCCCUCCUCCCUUCUCUCAUUCUUCCCCUCCCUUCAUCCAACUCAAAUAUGUCACCCUCUAACUAUCAUAAUCCUCUUGGAAGCAUCUGCGGCGUUGUAUCAAAAUAAGAGCUGUAGGGUGAUAAAAUGGAAUGCCCGAACGGCAUGUCCGCUGCCAGCGCUUCCCUCCGCAUGAACACCCCCAUAGAAGGACCCGCCGCCUGCAGAGGUGAUAGCUAUUUCGGCAGUUCCGGAAUGUUCGUGCAAAGCGCCGAGUAUGACUGCUCCUUGGUGAGAAAUUAUGGAAUCGCGUCUCUCGCUAAACGGAGUCACCAUUCCCAGAGCGCACUGGUGGGCGCAUAUCCCCAUCAGCACUAUGUAUUGCCAAUGGACACUUUAAGAGAAGAUCAAAAAAGUUGCCUAUCCGAGCAGCCUGUUGCCCGACCUUCGUUUCUAAGUCCUUUGUCAUCGGGCGGUGAAGUCUCCAUGAAUCCCCACUACCGUCCAGACAGUAUCGGAUGUAAAGAGACUGUGGAAUCCUGCACGUACACUCAGAUGACAGACAUCAGUCGCUCCAACCGACUCCAAGAUCCCGAAGAGGACAUGCCAAGUUCGCGCCUUCAGUACGCGGGCGAAAACACACUCCAAAUCAGCGGGUUAAAGUCGGGGUUUCCAUCCGUCCAUGUACCUGACCAUGAGACGCUGGCUGCGCAAUCUAUCACCAACACCUGCAAAGUCAGUUUGAACUCCAGUUCACACGAAUUUAAAAACGGCGAUAGUGACUCGCCUAAAAGACUAUCAGAGAAGGAGAAUGUUCUCAAGACGGACUGUAACACAGAUAAUUCAGACAGCGAGGUGAAAGAUGAAUCAAAACCGGAGAUGAUCGCAAGUAAUUGGCUCACAGCGAAAAGUGGGCGAAAGAAGAGAUGUCCAUACACCAAAUAUCAGACACUGGAGCUUGAAAAAGAGUUUCUCUUCAACAUGUAUCUUACUCGUGAGCGCCGCCUGGAGAUCAGCAAGAAUAUCUCACUCUCCGACCGGCAGGUUAAGAUUUGGUUCCAGAACCGACGUAUGAAGCUGAAGAAAUUCCACCGGGAGAGCAGGGUGCGAGAGCUAACAUCGGGUUAUGACUACACCUGAGCAGCACUCUCAAACACACCUAUGCAUUUAUAUAUGUUCACAUAGCUUCCUGCAGGAAAUUAUGCAAACAGAAACCGUCACAGUAACCCAAGAGAAAUAAAGUUACCACAUUGUCUACAA